GAUAAAUAAUAAGGUUGUUUAUAUGAACGUUUUGGUGGCGAUUCAUAAGUUUCUGAGCUGAUUGAUUAAUUUUACUAUAAGGUGUUAUUUGAUAAGUUGUUAAGAGACAAGUUUCUAAAGGCAGAUAUGAGUAGAGUCAGAUAUCAAUAAAAGCGAUUCUUCUCAUAAAUGAUGGGAGACAAGAAAACUCAAUAUACUGGAAGAGAUUUAAUUGAGGUGCAUCGAAAUCUAAAUAUCUCAGAUUAGCAAUUUGACAAAUUUAAGAUUCAUUUAAAAAGCAUAGCUUAAGACAUGGAAGUGAGUGUGGAGGAUAUCGAAGAGUUGUUGGAGCAUGUGGAGAGACACAGAAAUGUUAUUGUAUUUAAUAAAUGAUGUUUUAAUUCAUAUAUUAAUUUUUAUAUGAGCGAAUUUCCUGAAUAAAUAGAUAUUUCGAAACUUAGAAUAGAUUUGGGUCAAUAAUGGAAUGAAAUCGAAUUGGAAGUGUUUUUAAAGAUCUUUAGACAAUAAUAAUUGGCAGGGGUUGGCAGGAUGUAGGAGACUUUGAGACAGUUAGGAUAUCAGCGAACAACAACAAACUUAUUAUCUGUAUAUAAGAAGAAUAAAAACUUCUUGGAAUCAAAUCAAAAUUGUACCGCCCAUGACUUGUAUCUGAUAUUACGAGAUCAUUAUGAAUAAAAUGAACCUUGUGAUAUGAGACCAAUUAAGAAGAUUAAGAAAAAUUAAAAUUAUCGUAAGAGUAUUCCUCAGAAAUUCGAUAUGGAUGAGAAUGCAAACGAUAUGACCUAUUAUUUCAGUUAAACAUAAUGUCUCAAUAACCAAUGUGUUUAUGAUAACAAAAACAUAAGUCAGAAUUUUUGUAAAUGGAUUUAACAUGAAUAUUUUUAUUCGCAUUUAGAUUAUACUUAUUUUAGUCUAAAUGAAUUUUAGUAGAUGUUAAGUAAAGCGAGUAUUCCAUUGGGAUCAAAAUCAAUUGCAGAAUGGAGAAUUAUAAAAAUGGCAGUGGGAUAACCCAGAAGAUUUUCAUUUUAUUUCCUUCAAUAGGAGAUGAGCAAAUUGACAAAAUAUCGAUCCGUUAUUAGAAACUACUUAUUUGAUUAGAAUUAUCCUAUUCACAGGGGAUAUUCGAAAUCUAGAUUUAAUACAUGA